CAAUAUGGACAGGAUUUAACAAAUUGCAACAAGGAAAAAAGAAAAUUCAAUCAUUCCCUUCUUGAGUACGGUCAUGGCAGAGACAGAGCAGGCCAAGCCCUUAGCCCCGGCAGCAUUCCGAAUCCGCAGCGUUGAAGAAGAAAACAUGCCUGCUAUAUCGAAAACUCACCGACGAAAUUGCAUAAAGUGCUGUGGCUGCAUCACUGCCAUUUUAUUAGUUCUUGCCACGACUAUUGUAGUUUUAGUCCUCACAGUUUUUCAAGUCGACGAUCCUGUGAUCAAGAUGAACAAGGUAUCGGUGCAACGGCUAGAGCUUGCUAAUGGGACUCUUCGGACUGAUGUGAACGUUACACUUCUAGCUGAUGUCUCCGUCAAAAAUCCCAAUGCAGCCGCAUUCAAAUUCAACAACGGUACAACAACUGUUUACUGUGGUGGCGUGAUGGUUGGUGAGGCUAAGACUCCGCCAGGCAAGGCCAAGGCGAGACGGACGCUACAUAUGAAUGUCACGGUAGAUUUAAUUCCUAACAAAUUAUUGGGCGUUCCAAGGUUGAUGAGUGACAUAGUGUCGGUAAGGAAAUUGACUAUGAGCAGCAAUACAGUAAUUGGUGGCAAGGUGAGGAUACUCCAAAUUAUUAAGAAAUACCUUGUGGUGAGAGUAAACUGCACCAUGACAUAUAAUUUUACAAGUCAAGCGAUUCAAGGAGGUAAUUGCAAACCACAUCUUAGCAUAUAAGCACACUAUAAUGUAGUUUUCACAUUUUACUGCUACAAUUCCUCUUGUUGUAGCUUUUAUGCUUUACUUUCAUUGAUGGAUUGCUAAAGAGCAGUCUCCAUAAGCGACAGUGUUACCUUUAUAGAUUGGUAUAGGAGAAAUCACUGGGAUUUUGUACCCUGCAUUUG